GUGAGGAUGUGCUCUUUCGUGACUCGACGCCCCUGUCGGAGUAACGGUAGCCUCUCUACGGUCUAGUCCAGCAUUGUCUCGGUUUGUUGACGUUUGCUGGGGUAGCUGGUAACGCGGUCCAGCCUGCUCUUUCAGACGAGUGGUGUGGGAUGAAGCUAGCCUGCUCGCUGGCUUCAAUGGAUUUUCGUAUUAAAAGAUGAUCGCCUCACUUUCUAGAGGAAGUUUGCUGGAUGAGGUUCUUCAUGGGGGCUUUAACGAGGUAACGUAGACCUAGAGUUACUUGUAGUAGCUUUUGUUUAUGAAGAUACUUUAAAACAAGGUUUGCUACCUUUGUUCACUUUAAGUACAGAAAACCAACUACCUCGGCCAGAGCUCGAGACCAUACUCUGAUGCAGUCUGUAGUUGUGACAGUAAAACAUCAUUUCUGGUUGCUCAGUGUGCUUUAGCUCGCUGAAAUGCUGGUUUUAAAGUAGAGUAUAAUGAUAGUCAGGAAGUACGUUUACCAGUAGUUUUCAGAAAACAAUACUAAAGCAACUUAAAUUUGUCAUCAGGACUGUUAAAAGUGAGAUUCCCCCUGAUGAUCCAAGCGGGGUGCGUUCUUUGUCAGGUAUCCCGGACAACGGGCUGUCACGUGACCUCAAUGGCUGUAAAGGUGGAAUAACCCUGUGGUGUUGAAGGCAGGCAGCCCCUCGUUACUCCAUACUAGAUAUCAACUCAUAUGAUUUGCCUUUGCAAAGUAAAAGUAACCAGGCAGUAGGACAAUUGCCUGGCCCUGCCCCCUCUGUCCUGUCCCAGCAUAAUGAACAAAGGAUCUUAUUUGUUAUGCCAGGGUCUCAGCCUAAUUUUGGCCCUGUGUGUGUGUGUGUGUGUGUGUGUGUGCGUGGUACUGUUUAAUUUGUGUGUACUACACUGAUGGAUUGCAGCAACAACUCGCAGCAUAUGUUUCCUGGGUGAACUCUCAGCUGAAGAGGAAACCAGGCCUUACGCCAAUCACAGACCUCAGGCGGGACCUGCAGAAUGGGGUUGUGCUCACACAACUAAUAGACAUAGUUGGUAAGUACACACUUCCAAAAAAGGACAAAUUGCUUACAUGAUGCGGUAAGAGGGACACUGUCAGAAGAUGAUUGGUAUCUAAUCGCAGGUGCAUACAGUACAGGCCAAAAGUUUGGACACACCUUCUCAUCCAAUGUCUUUUCUUUAUUUUUUUAUAUGACUAUUUACAUUGUAGAUUAUCACUGAAGGCAUCAAAACUAUGAAUGAACACAUGUAGAAUUUUGUAUUUAAAAAAAAAAGUGUGAAAUAACCGAAAACAUGUUUCAUAUUCUAGUUUCUUUGAAAUAGCCACCCUUUGCUCUUGAUGACAGAAGUACCUUGUCAGGGUUACUUCAGGCACUCCUGUGAAGUAAAAACCAUUUCAGGUGACUACCUCAUGAAGCUCAUUGAGAGAACAGCUAAAGUUUGCAGCGCUAUCAAAAAAGCAAAGGGUGGCUACUUUGAGAAAUCUAAAAUAUAAUACAUGUUUUCAGUUAUUUCACACUUUUUUCUUAAGCACAUGAUUCCACAUGUGUUCAUUCAUAGUUUUGAGAAUCUACAAUUUAAAUAGUAAUGAAAACAAAGAAAAUGCAUUGAAUGAGAAGGUGUGUCCAAACUUUUGGCCUGUACCGUACAUGGUUAAAACAUUUAGUUCUGGUCACAGGUGUGUGCAUGCACAGUUGUCUCUUCUUGAAAACCUGCCGUACAUGCUUAUCGAAAGCAUUAGUCCAUGAGACGUGUUUCCAAAAAUCUCCCAAAAAUAAGGUUGACUGAUUUUUCCUGUGGUUUUGGGAAAAGUCACAGGGUGGUGGGGUGGUACAGGUUCACAUGCACAUUAACAGAAGAAUACUGGCUACUACAACCUGCACCUAUAUUUAUAUUACCAUAAAGAAUAACUACCAUGUAUUUCCCUCAUCACAUAGAUGUUUGCGUAUUUUCAUCAGUCUUAUCAUGUAGUGCAACAAAACUUCACAAACAAGAGCUUUAUUUUACCCAUUUUACGAUUCACUGAGGCCUGAAGCAGCUAACUUUUGCAGUCAGCAAAUACUUGAUAUCACUAUAACUGUUGUUCAUCAGAGUCAGCUCUUAAAAUAUAUUUUUCGUAACCACAGACUUCCUCUACGUGUUGUUUUUUUAUUUUUUCGCUUUCGGUGAGCGUUUUAAACUAAACAAUUAAAGACAAACCUGCAGUUCCAGUUGAUAACCAAAAAGGUAUUUAUUUGUGUUAUAAAAGAUCACAUCACUCCAUCUAUCUCUGUUUAAAAUUAGCAUCUGAUCAGCUACUUGUAAGUAAGUGCAGUGUACACCAUACUUAACAAACUUAACACGAAGGAAAUGAUGUAGCACUACAGAAAAGGUGAUUUUGCAAUAUAUGGUUUCUAUUUGUGUCUGACUUGUGCGAUGAUUGGCUAAAAAAUGCUGAACUAGCAGUUGGGGGUAUUGCUUUAUUGAUUGUUCGUUGUCCUUAUCUAAAACCUUAUUCUAACCCAACAGCUGGGGAAGUGCUGGAGGGAGUUUAUGCCACUCCACAAAAUAAAGAAGAAAGCAGGACGAACGUUGAGAAAGUCCUGCAAUUCAUUUCCUCCAGGCACAUACGCAUGCCACACAUAACUGCAAGAGGUAAAUAACAGAAAUGUCCAUGUUCUCUUUUAUUUCUCUCUUUAUAUCAGUUUUUCACAAAGUUUUCUGAUUGCUAUCUUUAUAUUUAAGCCAUCAGGUUUAACUGUCUCUGAACAUGCUUUAUGAAUAUAAAAUUAUUCUUAAAAAAAUAAAAUCUCAAUUUUCAAAAUCCAUGUCUCACUUGUCAGAGAAACUGUGCAUAUGUGAAUGACAUUAGAGCUUUGUUUCAUACCACACUCCCCUUCUGUUUGCAGACAUUGUUGAAGGCAAUCUAAAAUGUGCAAUGAGGAUAAUUCUGGCACUAGCUGCCCACUUCAAACCCUCUGCCAAUCACAAGGCUGCCUCUGGAAGUGGAAAGAGUUUAACUAGAGGCUCUACCAACCACAACCCUCUCUCCGCCGUUGCGUUAGCACAAGGUGCUGCGGCUGCUCUGGUAUCAGCACGUCACGAUGCCUCACAAUCUACACGGACCACACGCAUCCACAGGUAUAACAGCCGCUGUAAUCAUGAACACAGAUGCAAGUCCUCCAACCAUUAUUUUGUUAUGUCACAUAAACUCUCCCUCGACACUUUUAUCAGUUACAUCUGUGGUCUUUGCUGCCCUCUUGUGGACAGACCAAUUUAAUAUCUUCACAACUGCUGCAAGAUACAUUUGCUACUGAAAAUCACAUCACUUUUUUACUUUAAUUUUGCAGUGGCUGCGGGUUAGAUGCAGAAAAAAGUGUGUGUGUCCGUGCUCUGGUUGAGCAGUAUGAGAGAGGAGCUCCAGAUGAGCAGGACAAUCCUCAGCUUAACAGGUACCCUACGUUUUUUUAAUUGCUAAAAAAGUUUAUAUUCCCUUUAUUAAUGUCGGAACAGUUUUUAUAAUAAGAUAAUUCACCAAAAAGGCAAGCUGGCUUUUUUUGACCUACAAUUUUUAAAGGGGUUGCUGAGGCUGAAUGGCUUAAGGAUGAGUGGUAUCAUUUUAUAAUCACAUUUAUAAUCUUGUUUGGCACACUCGAUUUGUACAUCAGGCAACCAUGUUACAAACCAAACGAACUUCACUUUUUCACUAUUUAUUCACUUAAGAUCUGCAAUUAGGUAGUUUUGCAGAAUGUUAAGAAAAAGGCCCUAAAUCACCCGGACAGCGGGUGUGUGCUUGAUGGUUUUCAUUUGUAUAUUGUUUAGGUAAAGGAUCAGACAUGUUGAUUUUUCAUGGAUGUCUUUGCGCCUAUCGUUGCCAGUAGCAUGAACAGGGCAUCAGGCGGACAGUUUUCCUUUGAAUCACAUGGAUAGUGACAAUAGGUCUUAGUGGCAGAGAGAAAAUGCACUUCACUGGCACACUGUGUUAGUGUGUGUUUUUGCUGUGUCCUCAUGUGUCUCUGAAAUGAGCUGAUGUGUCUUUGGUUUAUCUCCCUUAAUUUUCAGCUCCAUCAGCCCUCUGUCUUCUCCAAGAGAUCCGCACAGUAGCUGUUCAGAGAGACAGCUGGGAGACCCACAACAGCGGGAGCCCAGCGGUGAGCCCCAACCAGCAUGGCCAACACAAGUCAUGAUUUAUGGUUAAGCCUGUGUAAACUUGUUUUAUAUGUAUGUAACUAUGUGUGCAUGUAGCGGAGUCAUGUAACGCUGCAGAGGAAACAGCAUGGGACGAUUCUGUCAGUGAAAAUCUGGAGAAGGAGGUGCAGGAGACGCGUAAAAUGGUGUCAGCUCUCCAGGUAAAUGCACAUGGACACUUUUUUUAGAUUCUAAUUCUGUAGAUAGUAGUACCGUCUUUUUGGAUCACGACAUUCUCUCACUGAUGUUCAUAUUUAUGAGUGAUAUUUUUGAAUUUUUGAAAAAGUUAAAUGUGGUUCUGUGAACUAAAACUACUGGGAGAAGUUCAUAACUGGUUAUGAAACAGACUGAAAUUCAUAUUGGUGUCUCUUUGUGUGACUUCCAUCCCAGUCUAUAUUGUAAGUUACGGCUUCUUUAUAGUUAUUGUUGACUCUUGUAUCCACCGCUAACCCUUUGUCCAACUGCGGGUAUCAAGAUCAAUUCAGAUUGAAAGUUCUUCACAGGAGCUUUAAAGAAAAAUGAAAAGGAUGCAGGUUUUUGAUCCCUUUAAGGGAAUAGUUGCAGCGUUUGCAAAAAUACUUGCAACUAUUAUGUGCAAGUAUAUUUCCUAAAAGCAUAACCCAGGUGUUAACCUCUAUUAACUAUCCUGCAUGGGUACGUUUCAGUGCCUCUGCUGGUGGGAUCACUUUGAAUACUGUGACACCCCUUUACAGGAAAUCUAUGUGAGCUUUUUAAAUGCUGUGCCUUGUUACAUGUAAUACAUCAAACGGCCUGCUACUGCUACUUUAAGAGCUUACCUAACACAGACUUCAUUACCAGCACAAACUGGUGUCACAUGUCAUACCCUACUUGUUUUCAAGGCUCUGCUGCUGCAUGGUUCGCUGCCUGAGGAUGAACAGGAUGUGUCUUUGAGUUUGGACCAAGGAAAUGCUGAACAGCAGCUGGUAGUGAUAUUCUUCCUUUUAUUUUAAUUUCUAUUCUAGUUUCAGCUCUGUCUUCUCUCUUUCGUCUGUGGCCUUUUUCCAGCAUUCGGGCUCAGUACAGAUCGUAUUUCUGUACCUUUACUGUGGUUAAUGUGGGUGUGUGUGCUUGCUCAUGUGAGUGCAGAGGGUGACACGAGUAUCAGUUUCCCUUCUUAUUCAGCCCAUUGUUGUUCUCACACACAUCACAUCUCUCUCCUUCGUUCCAGGUAGUCAUUCGCAGUCGUUUGGAUCAGAGUAUGGAGGAGGCUCAGGAGCUGAAGGUAAGGUUUCCGGUUUCCUUUUUUGAUCAGUCAAUUUUUCUCCAUUACCUAACCAAAAGACUCACUUGUCUUUAAACUGAUAGAAUAAGCCUACAUUACGUUGGGCUCAGUGUUCAAUUCAGAGUGGGCUGUUUGCUUUCUGUGACAGAGGGAACUGCUGUGGUGUAGGCAGGAGAUGAGAAACCUGCAGGGAGUCAAGGUGAGAUGCAGAUAAACCUGUAGUUUACGAUCUUAUCCCUAUGUUGUGUAUCAUUGCAGUUGUAUUAAAGAAAAGUUGCUGGCUGAGGUGAUGAUUUUCUGUCUGUCUCUGUCUGUGUUUGAUGUGCAGGAUGCUCAGCAGCAGAGGCUGUGCUCACAGGAGGCUGCAAUUCUGCAGAUGAAGCAAGAGUUGCUCCGAAGCAGCAUGACAAAGGAUGAACUCAACAACCAGAAUGUAUGAAAAAAGUGGCUGAUAUAAAUCUGUUUCCCUAAAGUUAAUGUAAAAUAUUUAAAAAAUCCUAUUUAUUUAUGGAAUUAUUUGUUGUAAACUAUCUCCCUCUUUGAAACUGUGUGAUAGGCAGAGCUGCAGUGGAAGCUGGAGGAAUGUAACAGACUCUGGGCUGAAUGCAAGGUCAGCCCCUUCAAUCCCUUCAGUUGUUUGUUGUAACCUAGUUUAAUAAUCCAUUGAGUUUGUAUUUACCAAGAGUAAACCCUGCCUCUCUGUUGGUUGAUUGCAGAAGGAGAUUGGACAGAAGGACAGACAAAUGCUGCAACUUAAACACAAGCUUGAAGAAAGCCAAAAAAAGCAGGUAUAUUCGCUAAAGUGAACUAAAAAGGUUCUGUUCAGUUCAAUGUCACGGGUUAAAAUCUCAUACAAAAGGUUAAUCAUCACCUUUCUUUUGUAAAUGAUCCUCACACUCUUCUGUUACAGUUUUUCUUUCAUCAGCAAAUUCAAAAUAAAACUGACUUCCAGCAGAAAACAAUUUUCUUACUUUUCUCUUGUCCGAUUAACUGGUUACAUUAAUAACUUGGGGGUAAAGAUAAGAUAUAGUAUAUUUUAAGUUCUAUUUAUCUUGCAGUUUUAUUUGAGUUCUGAUGUCUGUGUCUCUGUUAACAGAGUGACUUGCAAAGACAGUUUGAGCAUAAAAACAGCGUACAGCAGGUAAUAAUGUUUUUAAAAAGGUCUUUCUUUAUCAAAUCCUUAUAAACAAAAGAUUUCUGUUUGGAUACUUUGGAUAGCAGAUAUAAAUACAGAAGCAUGUUUCCUUGUUUACACUUUUUUUUGUUUGUCUAGAUUCCUUCUACCACAGAAAACAAUGGAUAUUCUUACUCUGGAAAUGCAGCCCCUUCUUUGUCAGAUGUGAGUAUUUAGUUAGCUCGUUAUUUCCUGGUGCUAAAAAUAUUUCAUAAACACACCCUUGUUACAUUUUACAGUAAAUGCUCAUAUUCUACUCCGACUAUUUUAUCAUGAUUUUAUUCCGUACAGUAUGAGAAAUUGCUUGUUUAAUAACCUUAAAAAGCAGUAUAAUACCUUGAAUGGAGUUGUUUUUGAAAGUUCUGCAUCCAAAGGGCAUCAUUUAUUCUUAAUAUACACAAAGUGCCUUUAAUACUUCAACAACUCAAAGCUGUUGAUUGUUAAAAAGCACUUUUUGUGUUUGUUGUUUUAGCAGGCAGAGGAGGUUCAGCUGCUCCGAGAUGCACUGAAGAGUUUGAGGAACAAUUACAGAGACCAUGACCCACAGCACCACACACUGGACACACUGGAGCAGGGCAUAGUAUCACUCAUAGACAGAGUGCAUGUUCUGCAUACGCACAACAGGGUACUAAAGUCUUGACACGCAAACAAAACAGGAUUUUUUCAAAGUAAAGACAAAAUAGCUUUUUUUCCAGCCAUGUGAUAUUGGGACUGCUGCAUAACUGAUACCAGUCUGAAGGCUUUUGCAAAAGUUAAAUAGUAAAAAACUGACUUAUGGUGUUUAUGACUCUGCAGGGAAGAGGGAAAUCUCCCAGACGCAAAAGUCAACAUGUAGAGUCUGACUCUUGGCCUUGCACAAGUAAGUUAGUCUCAAAUGCAUCCACCAAAUAAACAAGGAAGCAUUCACAGAUUUUUUCCCCUCUACUAACAUUUUUUCUGGUCAUUACAGAGGUUUGUAACUCCAACAGUGGUUCAUCCGGCACCACAAAAAUCCUUUAUUUUACUGGGAAAUCCUCAACACCCUCCAUGAUUAAUAUACCGAAGAGGUUAGUGCAUGUGCAGACACUGGACUGCUCUCUUUCUGAAACAUUAUAUUAUGUUUAAGAACAUUUCAUUUUCAUAAUGCGGUUUACUGGGAAGAAUGAGUCAUGUAACACAAAAAAUACAAGGAAUAAACAAGGAGUAACAGAAAACUUUUUUACACACCACAAAGGCUGGGUGAGGUAACUCUCAAGGAUGUGAAGGCAGCUGUGGAUCGAGAGGGAAACUACAGGUACCACUUCAAGGCCCUGGACCCUGAGUUUGGCACAGUCAAAGAGGAGGUGAGAGAGGGAACAAAAAGAUAAUUUAACGCUUUUCUGCUGAAAACUUUUUGUGUUUUGGGAAAAUAGUUACUGUACACCAUGUACCCCUAGCUUAUAUUUUCAGCUGGAUUCAAGAUGUCCAAUUACAAAGUCUGUUGUCUUUGUUUUGCUCCAAAUAUGUGAACAUAAAUAAUUUGAAAGAUAGGAGCUAGUUUGUCCUUUUGUGCUCAGGUAUUUCAUGAUGGAGCAAUCAUUCCAGGGUGGGAAGGAAAAAUCGUGGCCUGGGUAGAGGAGGACCGUGGUGAUGAAAGGUAACAACAUGUUUAUUCUGCAUCCAUUUUUAUGGUCUGGACUCUUACUGUAAAGCAACACGUGAUCUUUUCUGUUAAAGACCGUUGUAGGUUCAAGCUGAUGGGCCACGACACUUUUGGUUUUUGCUCCUGGUUGCUCUGAUCGACGACAUCAACACAGCUGCUUACACGAGAAGCACAAGCCAGGAUCUUUCAUGGGUUUUGAUUGAAAGAGAAAUGCUCAAUGACAGUAAGCAGUAAAACUGGAAUGAUUAUCUGGUCAUGUACCGGACUUAUAACCUUACACACUCUGAGAAUAUCACGACUCUGUAACUUGAGUCCAGAAUAUCCAAGAACUCAGUGCCUUAAAGAAGGAAAUCAGUUUCCACCAUAUGGUUUACAUUCCUAAUAUGGAACUGUACUGUAAACAUAGUAGAAGAAAGAUCAUUUGAAUCAUUUGUUCCAAAUAUUUCAGAAAUGUGUUUUUUCACCUGUAGUUGAACUCAGAGAUUUGUACAAAGUGAAAGUCAUUGUUGAAUGUUCUGUAUUCCUCCUCAAACCUUGUGCAGCAGCAAACAAAAACAGGUAUGCAAGUGAAUGACUGUCUAAAUUUUAAUAUGAAGUCAAUUUACAGUUUUCUGUCUGCUGUCAAGAUAUAUGAAAAUUCUUUUGAUUGAGAAAAUUUUUUUUAAAAACUCACAAGAAAAUGAAACAAGCUUUGAACAACAUUUAGUUUAUCUUAACUGUGAUCUACUGCUGUCAAAUUGCCCCCCUAUAUCACAAAAUCAGGUUUAUGUUGAUAGAUAUCAAAGGAGGAUGUUUUUCACAUAGACCAUUUAUACUAUGAAGGGUUCAAACCCAGAUGUGGAUUUUGAUGAGUUUGUAAAAUGUAUAUUGACAAAGCACAGUCCAACUGAACUGCUGCCAGUGAAUUGAAAUGAUGCUGCAACUUGUUCAUUUUCACACAGAUAGGCAGAUAAACAGCACUGUUAUGUUUUUAUUCUUCUGCAAAGUUAUAUAAAAUGGUUUUAUUGUAACCUGUAUAUAUUUUUUCAUUUUAUAUCAUAACUGUUAAAAGAGAGGGUUAUAUGAGCUGAGAACAUCUCUACUGUUUAAAGAAGAUGUGAAAAAAAUUUGUCCUUUGAAAUUCAAGCAGGCUUUUGCCCUGGAAUAGUGGCUGCUGCCUCAAGUUAUGGUUUGUUUGCAUCUUUGUGUAAGAGGUCAGAUAUUAAUGCCACAAGAAAAGUCAUCUCCUGUUUGGAAAUAGAUUUACAGUCCUAGUUUUAGGCUAUUUUCCAAAUCCCCAGAGGUCAGUGCAAAAGAAAUAGACAGGUUAAAAGUACUUCUUGUUUUGCAUUUGCCUUCCUGUUGUAGGAUGCAUUUGUUUGCCUUCACUAACAAGCCAAGAGAAAUAUGCAUUACUAGAUUUAUUUGAUUGCCAUAACUGCCUGUGCUGAAAAAGUGUGGUGUUUGAUUGAGACGGUUAUUUAGCAUUUGUUUUGGUGUUUUUGGAAUCUUUUGCAAACUGUGUAUUGUCUGCUUGAACAGCCUCUGACAAGUGUUAGAAAAACAUUUUACAAUAAAAACUCAAUAUUUUUUUAAA